UAAGCGAAUAAACUGCUUGUGAUUGCAGAUUCACAAAACAGCCACUGUUUAGUCGUAUUUAUCCGGUCGUAGUGUACAGCAAACAAUAAGGCGGCAGCGAUCGUAACGGGCGAGCGUAUAGCGCGUUAAAGUGUUAACACACUCGAGCCGAAAUCGAAACGUAACCGAGCCAUAAAUUGAAAUAAAUUAUAAUACAAUUUUGUUUUUGAAAAAGUCAGUAGUUUGUGAUUUAAGUAAUAUUUCAAAAACUAAUUCCUAUAAAAUCAUGAAUGUAAGAGUGCUCUUAAUUUGCUUUGGUGUGCUUAUAUUAAGCUCUCAAGUGUGUGAUGGCCGUCGUGGACGUGGACGAGGACGCACUAAAUCCAGAGUACAAAUAGGUUUACCCAUAACAGGCAAAUAUCGUGAUCCAGAGUCGGAUCAGUAUUACAACAACAAUAAUGGCGCUAAAAUUUUGCAAGCCUCCCACUUCGAUUAUGAAUACGUUUUGGGGCAUAAAAUCGCUUUUCUUUGUGUGGCCAAAGGUAAUCCACGUCCACACAUAACCUGGUACAAAGAUGGUACAGAAAUUUUUCAACAUCUCUACAUGCAUGUACAUGAGUGGCGCAUUGGCGACGAUAGAGUUAAAUCGAAAAUCGAAAUUGAUCCCGCCACACAAAUGGAUGCCGGUCUUUAUGAAUGCACUGCUGAUAAUAUGUACUCAAUUGAUCGGCGUAGUUUCAAGACAGAUUUCUCGAUUGCUUUCGAUUAAUUUUUAUAAAAUACUAACAUAACUUUUUCAUACUAAAAAUUACUUUAGCAGUCUUACAAAUAUAAUUUAGUGUUAAAAUAAAAUACUUUUUGUUUUAACUCACGUAAAUGAGAUCUUCACAAUGUCCACAUAAUCGUGCGAGCGCGCAUAAUAGCCGCCAUCGGAAAGUGCACCCCAGAAAUUGCUCCAUAAUUCAUCGUAUUUGCUCACCACAGGCGCAACAAAUUGUCUGACAUGAAAAAUAUUUGCAAAAUUCAAUGUUUGUGUUAUAAAAUAAAAAAAAUGUAUUUAAUUAAAUAA